AUGACGACUUAUCAACCAGAAGUUGGAGGCGAAUAUACGACUGGGUACUUAAAGACGCUUAUAAAAACUAAAGAGUUACAUAAAGAUUUAGAAAAAAUGGAGUUUCUAUCUACUGUAUUAACUAAUCCAGAUUUGAAAUUCUACGCUACUUCGGAUACCGUUCAAAAGGUCGAUCGGAAUCACAAAGUUGUACCAACAAUACGAAAAUUUAAAUGA